AUGAUCGGGCCGUCAUCGGGGGCUGCCGGCGACAUGACGGACGGCCAGUGCCAAGCGGUGCCAUCCAAGCGCAAGAUUUUCGACGACCUGGACAUCGACAGUUUCUGCGAGGAGGUUUGCCACACGAGCCGCAAGCGUUAUCUUCAGAAAUUGGAGACACCGGUGGAGUUGGUGGCGUCCAACGAGAUCAUCACCGACGCGGCUCUGUUCUCGCCGAUGUCCGCCGAGGAAGCCGUCGAAGACUCGCCAGUUGCGCGUCUUGAAGUGCUGCUGGUGAACGGUACCAACUGCACCUGGACGACCGUGUCCGAGCUGGAGCAGCAGGAACAGCAACAACAGCAACAGCAGCAACAGAAUCUAGAGCUUUUGACGCCUUCGUCGUCGUCCGUGUCGUCGUCAUCAUCGUCGUCCAUGUCCAUUUCCUCGUCGGUCUCUUCCUGCGCGGAGCGUCACCGGCAACAAACAUUUCAGCAAGCCUAUAUCGUCGAACAGACGCAUUAUCAGCCAACGGUGUCGGUGAAUUAUUGGGAAACAGUCGCCGAACCAACGGUUGCUGCUCCGAGUGUGCAACAAAGUAAGGACACGGCAAACAGCCAUCAUAAUCAGCAUCAGCCACAGCAGCAAUUUGAAGACCAAGAGAAUGGGAAUCUGUCGUGGUUGUUGGACUUCAAGUUGGACUCCUUCAUCGAAGCCGCGGACGACAAGACGAGCGUGGGAUCCGCGAUGGUGAAGGACAAUCAUUGUGGCGCCAAAAGCAAACCAAGUGGACGAUCGCACGGCUCUAAUUACACCAGCGACGUCAGAAGAGGACACAGCAAUCAUGAGAGCUCAUCGGUGUAUCGGCAGGAUUCGAAUCAGACGACUUAUCCCGCUAACGGGAUCGACAAUCGGAAUCUUGCAUCUUCGCGAUCCAACGGGCUGAAGAAGCCACCCUUCACCUACACGGAAUUAAUAGAGCACGCUCUUCAGGAGAGAGGCGAGCUCACAGUCUCCGCCAUUUAUCAAUGGAUCUCCGAGCAUUUCCCGUAUUACAAGAGCAACGAUGAUCGUUGGAAAAAUUCUGUCCGACAUAAUCUCUCGAUAAAUCCACAUUUCCGAAAAGGAUCGAAAGCGCCUCAUGGAGCCGGUCAUUUAUGGGCGAUCGCGAAUCGCAACGAUUGCAGCCCUCGUCCGCUCGCUGUCAACGGCUUAACUGCGAUACCUACGCGACAGGCUACGAAACACGACAGCAAUGAAUCCGGGAGAAACGAAAGCAUCGUCAGCGAAAUUAUCGCGAUGGACGAAGUGGAGGCUGCGACGGCGAGCAUCACACAGCAGAAUUCCGAGGAGGAGACCGAUAGUAUUCUGAAUUCCGUGACGCUCGAGCAUUCCGCCGAGCAGAUACUCAAUGGUAUAAAGCGCGAGGUGGAGGUGCAAUAUCUGGUUCCCAUGAUGGUGACCAGCAAUGAUCACGAUGGGAAUCAGCAAAGCCAGCAAACCGCGCAAACAGAACUUCAGUGUCCCUUCAAGGAAAGCGACUUUCUGAAUCCAGUGUCUAAGGAAGUCGUCGCCGAAGAAUGCGGCCUCAUCAGCGAAGGCUACCUCGUCACAGAUCUGAAUCCGAACACUUUGGGAUUGAAUGUGGUGGAUCCCGAGCUCAUAGGAUCCGAGAAUCUCUUCGGCGAAGAGCUGAGCUUCCAGUUUUACGAACUGACGUCGCCGUCUCAGCUACAAUCGGCCUGACACACGGAGAAUAACAAAGUACGCUUUAUCGUGAUCGACGAGUUGCAAUUACAAAACACUCGGCCGCGCGUCGAUAACGACGAGCUGGUGGUUCGCACCACUGAUGAAAUCGAGAGGAACGCUUCGGAGCACGGGAGCUCACAAAGGAGGUCUUCCGUCGAUAGCAAUCCGAACAACGAGACGUCUUGCAUGACGAUGAAGAGCUGAUCUUGCUCGAAUCGUUCCGUCAAAAAGUUUUUACAAUGACACUGUUUGAGGAUGUUCGAUUAUUUUAGUCGAUGCGGCUGCUAGAAUAGUUAUACAAGUUCACUGAUAAGCUUAAUGGAAUGGAUAACGAGUCAAACACGUGCAAGUACGAGAAAAUCAUGUCUCUCCGGAUGAUAGAACGAAAUGCAAAUGCGACCUAGUUCCGCGGUUCACAGCGACAGAACGCGGUGCGACGCGAUUUAUAACAAACGACAUAACUGCAUAAUCGUCCAAUUGUGUGCCUGAUUACGUGUCUUAAAGAGAGCGCCAUUUAUCUCGACGAUGCAUUAGAAUAAUUUCUUCUAGUCCUUUCGAAACACAGUGUGUAAUGUUUUUGUAUUAGUAAAGAAAGUAUGAUAUUUACUAUUAUGUGUGUAUAUUGUCCCUGACAUCUGUGUCGCACUUGCGAGUAAAUGUGAGGAACUUAUUGGCAAGUUUCUAUUGCAAAAAAGAAAGAGCUUCUGCAACGAAAUGAGAGAGAGAAUUUGGAUAUCUUUUGAUCACAGUUUCGCGAGAUGUCUCGUGAUCGCUAAUUGCUUAAAUAA